AUGUCAAUUCAAAGUUUCAAAUGGCGACGGAGGAGCAUAAAUAUUUAGCAGAUAUUAUAAAAAAUACACAUGCCACGUUGCGAGAAGAGGCACAAAAUUAUGGACCUGAGAUUGCGUGGAAACAACAUAUAAGUCGCAAAGAUAUUUUGCAGAAAUAUGCCUCCUCUAUGCAUAAAUUGGCAACAACAUGUUGGAUGGAAAACAAUUUGAAUAUAAAAAAUUCAACAUACUCUAGAAUAGAAUGGAUUAAAUUUCAUUGUGAAGAUUAUUUUUUUAAUGGUGGAAGACAAAAAUAUGACAUGAGGGAAAAGGAUAUUAAACUGAAAAUAGACACAAAUUUUGUAGAAACUCAAGUUGUUACACAUUGUAAUUUAAAUACUGAACAUAAGAAAGAUCACAUAUCAAAUCAUUGUCAUAACAGCCUUGAAAAACUAACUAAAAAGAUAUCAUUAUUAGAUGUAGGAAGUUGCUAUAAUCCAUUUGGGGCCUCAGAUAUGUUUGAAGUAACUCCAAUAGAUUUAUAUGGUAUACCAGAUAAAGUUUUAUGUUGUGAUUUUUUAAAUGUUCAAAUUGGAGAAGAAAAAGUGCUUUCCAAUGAUAGCCAAGAAGUUUUGCAAUUGCCUGAAAACUCUUUUAAUGCAGUUGUAUUUUCUUUAUUUUUGGAAUAUUUACCCUGUCCAAAACAAAGAUACAGUUGCUGCAAAAAAGCCUAUGAUUUGUUGCAAACUGGUGGAAUACUUUUUAUCAUAAGUCCUGACUCCAAGCAUGUUAGUGCAAAUGCUAAAAUCAUGAAGUCAUGGAGAUAUGUACUAAGUAAAUUAGGAUUUAUGAGAAUAAAAUAUGAAAAGCUACGACAUAUGCAUUGUUUAGUGUUCAGAAAAUGCGUAUUCAAACAUGUUGCAUCAAGAUGGGCGGAUUUGCAGGAACUGCCCCAAGAUGAUGUUUUGUAUAUAGAUAGUACUUCGAUUUAUAUUCCACAAGAUUUUCGAAGUAUGUCUAGUGAGAAUGAACAACGCGAAAAAGAAGAAUACGAUUUGAACGAACUAAUGUCUAUGUUUAACGAACUACCUUUUGAACAAUUGUGA